AUGGCUCAAAACGAACUGGAAGCGAACCUAACAUGCGUUGUUAUCAUUAUCGGAUCCAUUUCCGCUCUUCUCAGUGCCGUCCUUACUUUUGUGGCUUUGAGGUGAGCACAAUAUACUUAUAAAUCCGAAAGUGGAGAAAGUUCCAGAGUGCGCCCGAUCUACCUCAUUCGCUAUCAACACAUUCUCGUCGCGAUCGCUUUAACCGGCGUCGUGUACAGUAUCUGCGAGAUUUGCGCGGUGCCUUACUGGUACGUUUCCGACGGAGACUUUGUUCUUUUCGCGGUGGGACCCAUCAAAACAGGGAGGUUCGGUCAGAACCUUCUAUUGUCAUUCGCCAUCUCCUUCAUGCAAUCACUGUUUCUCAUCGCUUACUCGUUCGCUUUUCAGUAUGCUCAAGUGUGCAGGUUCGCAUGAAUCAUCAUAGCUUUUUCUAGAGCUUUAUGGUAAAUUACAGAGCAGAGUGGUUUCGCACUUUUCCCAAUCUCGUGCUUUUCUCGCCAUUUCUCAACGUGCUUAUUCUGACGAACUGGCUGAUCGCCGUAGUUUACUGCUUCACGCCGACUGAGGAGAAGAUGAAGAAGGCGGCGAAGUUUGUCUGGGAGCACAUGGAAAUCUCGAUCAACGGCAGAGCAUUCCUGGGAUUCUCGUUGGAAGUAUGUGCAUACUUGAUCCGAUUGUACAUUGAUUGAAUUCUAUCGCACCAAUUUCAGCUCCAAAAAUACGACCCCCUGUUCUACGUGUUCAUCCUGAACAUGCUCCUUGUCUUCCUCGUCUUCCUCGCGAACAUUGUGUUCUGCGCCCAUCGGAUCAUCGUCAAAGUCUCCUCGGAUCUUUCGAAUCGCAACCACUACGCUUCGAUCUACCGUCUCCUGCUCGUUCAGUGCAUCGCGCCCGCUCUCUUCACAAUCUUCCCCUGCUCUUUUAACAUGGUCAGUGGCCUCGUUGGCGUUGAUCUCGGUGAGCGAGUUCCGUUCGUUCUCGCCACUCUUCUGCCAAUGUACCCGGCGGUGAAUACCAUUCUGAUGAUCUGGCAGGUCAGAGACUAUCGCGACUAUCUGUUCUGCCGUUUUUGCAAGAGUAAGAGCUCGAUAAGCCAACGGGGAAAGCGGAAGUCUAUUGUUACUUCGAUGUGA